AGUGUGAGUAGACGUUGCGGUUAGGCGUCAGGUGAAACUGGUUGUGUGAGGGGGAAAAGAGGGACACAUUAAACUCACUUCACCUGAACUUUCUGGGAAGUUUUUAUACUAUUUAUGAACUUUUUCACCAAAGGAAACUUUUAAUACCGGAAACCAACACAGUUACAAGAUGAAGAGCCUCAAGUAUCGGUUGAAAAAGCACGAAGUUACCAUCACAAACACAGACUGGAACAAGUAUGAUGAUCGGCUGAUGAAGGCCGUGGAACGGAGCGAGGUGGACAAGGUGGCUGCUGUUCUCAGCAAGAAGGGCAUCAUCCCCACCAAGCUCGACGUGGAAGGACGCUCAGCGUUUCAUCUGGCUGCAACACGAGGACAUCUAGAGUGUCUCAAUCUCAUCCUGGGACACAGUGUUGAUGUCACUGCGACUGACGCCACUGGUAAAAAUGCUCUUCAUCUGGCCUCAAGAAAUGGACAUUCACAGUGUGUGCAGAAACUCUUGCAGCACAACAGUCCAGUUGGAAAUGUGGACCUACAAGGAAGAACAGCUCUACAUGAUGCUGUCAUGGCCGGCUGCUCCUCCAGCGUGAAACUUCUCUCUGACAGCGGGGCGUCUGUGAAUGCCACUGAUUUCGAUGGCAGGACACCUCUGGUGCUGGCAACCCAAAUGUGUCAUCCUCGCAUCUGUCAGCUGCUGCUGGAGCGAGGGGCUGACAUCACCACCCGAGACAAACAAAAUAAGACGGCGAUGAUUCUGGGCUGCGAGUACGGCUGUAAGGAUGCAGUGGAGGUGUUGCUGAAGAGUGGCGCUGACGUCAAGGCAGUAGACAGCCUGGGUCACGAUGCAUUUCACUACGCUCGCCUCAGCAAGAACCUGGAGCUCGUUUCGAUGGUCAAAAGUUACCUGGACAAAGCCACCAGAGAUAAAGAGGCUGCAAAGAUAGAACAGUGGAAGCGACAGCAUUCAGUGGAGAGAUCAGAGGCAGCUGAGGUUAACAGAAGGGAUCAGAUCAUACACGACUUGGAGAGGCAGAACGAGAGCCUCCAGGAAAAUCUCAGGAAGUACCACCAGGAUCAGAGAGCCCUGUUGGAUAAGGUCAACAUGCUGCAGCAACAGCUCACACAGGAAAAGAUCACUGUGGAAGACACUCAAAAAGAGAAGGAGCAGUUGAAGGUGUUACUCAGCGCCAAAGACAGAGAGGAAGGAGCUCGAGGCCUGGAGACGGUUAAAGUUCAGCUCCGGAGUACUUUGGGGGAUUACUCUGGACAGUCUGUUAUCAAAGGUAAAGAAAACAUCUUGGUCAAACAAGCUCACAGUGUGGAUUCUGAUCAUAUGCACCAGAAUGCUGCCGUGUCGCGUUCGUUGUCCAGACCUCCAGAGAGGAGUCCGCCCGCGGUAGUCACUGAACUGGAUGCACACCGACGUGAACUUGAGGCAGUCAAGAGAAGACAACAGGCGGCUGAUGAAGAGACAGCACGGCUUCAAUCUGCCCUGAACCGUAAAAACCGAGAGUGCCAAGAGCUGGCUGUUAGCCGAGACACCAUCCAGAAACAGGCCGACCAGCAGGUUCAAGAACUGGAGGACGCCUUGGGCGACGUCCAGAAGAGGAUGCUGGACUCUGAGUGUAAGGUCAAGCAACUGCAGGCCCACGUAGUCGCUGUUAAGGAACACUUAGGAGGCCAGGCGACGGAAGAACAGCGCGCCCAGCUCCAGGACAUCAAGGCCAAGUACGAAGGCGCUUCAGCCGAAGUGUGUCGUGUUCGUAACCGCCUCAAGCAGAGCGAGAAGGCCUUGGAGGAGUACAAGAGCUGCGAGAACCAGCUGGCGACAGAGGCAGAAAAGUUGAACCAAGAGGUGGGAGCGCUGACCGCAGAGAGAGACGAACUAGCAGAGACCCUUUUAGAAAUGGAAACCCAGCUGAAGGAGACCCAGACGAAACAUGGCAACACAGUACCAGCGGAGAAGUUUGACAACAUGAAAAACCUGCUGUCCAACGCGGUUGACGAGAAGGAGCGGCAGAUCGCUGAGCUGAGGGAGGACUACGAUCGUGUGCUGGAGGAUGUGGCGGAGCUCCAUCGAAAGCUGGACAGUCCGUCAUCCCAGUCAGGAUCGGGGGCUGCUGAGGAGCAGCAGAGGAUACGGGAAGAUCUCGAAGAGCACAACGCUUCGUUGAAAAGGAAACUGGUGGAUGUGACUACCAGAAGCCAGGCUCUAAUUCAGGAGGUCGAGGAGAGCGAGGAGGAGAGAGAUAUACUACGGGAGCAGCUGGAGGAGCUCAACAGCAGGAUCGAGAACGACUUCAUACCAAUGACGGCGCACGAUGAAGCCCGGAGGAACAUGGUGACGGCUUUGGAGGAGCUGGAGGACAAACUGGUGGAAGCCAGCGAACGCUAUGGAAAAGCAGAGGCACAAGUCCAGCAGCUUCAAACAGAGAGGCCCGCGCUACAGGAGAACAUCAGCAGCCUCCAAAGCGCCAGCGAGAGACACCGGAGUGAAAUGGAUGCUCUGAGAUCGCAGAACGCCGACCUGACGAAGAAACUUGAGUUUCUGCAGAGGAGAUGUAACGACCGGGAUAAAGAGUGUGUGCAGCUGACCACACAGAGCCAGACUCUGAAGCAGAGCCUGGAGGGAGAGUACAUUCCCAGGCAGCAGCACGAGCAAGUGAAGAUGGAGUUAAGCUCCACGUUAGAGAACGUUAAAGCUGAGAGGUUGAAGCUGGAGACCAAGGGGAAAGAAAGUGGGGAAGAAUUGAAGAACGUGAAAGAAAGUAAUGACAAGUUGAAAGAAAAGAUGGAAAAAGUCCUGUUGGAGAUGAAAACGGACUAUAUGAGCGUAAAAGAGCACAAAGCUGUCGCAGACAAGUUGAACGCCGCUGUGGUCGAGGCGGAGAAUAGAGCAAACGAAGCGUCGGGGAUGUAUGCGUCGGCUCAGGAGGAAGCCAUCAAGCUUACCGAAGAACUGGAGGCGCAGAACAGAGAACUUGACACCAUACGAGAAGCUAUUCAGUCCAAGUUUAUCCCGCUGACAGCAGCUGAGGAGAAAGAGCACUCUCACAGCGCCCAGGUGAAGGAGUUGACAGUCAAGCUGCUGGAAAUGGAAGAGAAGUAUAACAGAGAAAGGUCUGCCGGAGAGAGCAACAAACAGGAGAAACAGAAACUAAAAGUUGAGAUUGAAUCGGUUCAACAGAGACUUGACUCUGCUGUAGUUACCAGUGAGAAGCACAAGAAUGUGGAGGAAGAGUUCAAAGGUAAAUUUGAGGAGUUAACUCAGAAGUUGGUGAAGUUAGAGCAGCAGCACAAGGAGGUCACGCUUCAGAAAGCGGAUCUACAAGACCAGAACGCCCUCAGCAGCGCUCAGAUCCAGAAUCUGCAGGAUCGUCUGAAAUCAGAGUUGACUCGGAUAGCAACGUACGACACGGAGCUUAAAGCCCUCAAUGACGCCAUGCAGCAAGCCCAGGUCGACUGCAAGAAAGCGAAAGAGGCUAAGCAGCAGGAGGCCCAGAGGGUUUGUGCCUUGCAGAAAGAGGUUCAGGAACGCCGCGGGGAUCAGGCAUCUCUGCUGCAACAGCAGACCAAAGCCCAGGACGCCCUGGAGGCCGAGGUCGCUAAACUCCGAUUGGCUCUCCGCGAAGAGGAGGAGAACGGCGCCCAGAGGGCCGAAGACGUAUCCGCACUGCAAUCUGAGCUCCUCCAGGCCACGCACGCUCUCGAGGAAAUCCGCUACAAGGAAGACCAAAUGAACGAGCUGAAGAAGGAGAAGCAGCAUUUGGAGGAGGAGGAAGCCAACCUGAGCAACAAGCUGCUGAGCUUAGCAGAGGAGAGGGAGGAGGCCCGUCGGGAGAAGACGCAAGCGAGGGAGGGCGAGAGCAGGGCGCGGAUGGAGAUGGAGGCCGUCCAGGAGAAGGGGCGCACCAUCGAGAGAGAAGUUAGGGAGCUGAAGGAGAGAUACGAUGAGUCGCUCAGCACCAUCGGUGAUCUUCAGAGGAAGAUUCAGACAUCAGCUCAGCAGACUGAAACCAAAGACAAGAAGAUCACGGAGUUGCUGACAGAUGUUGAGCGAUUGAAGCAGGCUCUGAAUGGUCUGUCCCAGCUGGCAUACACGAGCAAUGCGCCCAAUAAGAGACAGACGCAGCACAUCGACACACUCCAUGCCCAGAUCAAGAACCUACAGCAACAGCUGGCUGAUGCUGAGAGGCAACACAGGGAGGUGGUUUCCAUUUAUCGAACUCAUCUUCUCAGUGCAGCACAGGGCCACAUGGAUGAGGACGUCCAGGCCGCCUUACUACAGAUCAUCCGCAUGAGACAGGAGUUUGUGUGUUAAAGGUUCCUCCAACGAAACAAAAUGCUACCUGAUGACUCAAAUUCACCAUUCUCACAUCUCCCACUGCUGAGUUCCCCUGCUGUGGCCCCUGUGGGUGCCCGGUGUGUUUGUGUGUUUGUGUGUGUGUGUGUGUGUGUGUGCGUGUGCGUGUUUGUUUGUUUGUCAUUCGGCAAAAUUUUAACAACAAGCUAUUUUUUUGUAGUAUGGCUGAACUUUGGUUCCCAAAUAUCAAUGUUGUGGGUGAAAGUGAAUAACUGUAGAUUUUAGAUACAAAUGUGUUAUUUCAACUUCAGUAGAAACUCAGCGAAUGAAAACUCUUAAAAAGGCUGUUGUAUCCAUUUCUGUAUCAAACUGACCUGUGAAAUAGAGUGGUGCAGGGAUGACGUAUCUUUGUAGGCCAACCUUGAAGUUACUGUAGCAUCGCACUGGGUUCCCUCGACGGAAAGCCAAUGGGAUUUUUCUAUUGGGUUUUGGAUCAUUGCAGAAAAUAAUCUCUGUGGCAAACAAACGUUUAUGAUACUGACACGUUUUGUUCAGCAAGAUAAUCUCCACAUAUGAACCCCACUUUUAUUAUUUUUGCAGUGUGAAUACAGUCGGUAGAAGUAGAACGCUAACGUUAGGCUAUGAACGAACUACACCACGGUUGCAUGAACGCGAGUAUACACAACGAGGCCGUAAAGGCGGCGUGAUGACGUUUAGUAGUCUCAUUCAGCCACUUGUUAGCAACCGCCUUUUCAAACACACAUAAAAGCUUCAAAAUUGGGGUAUUUAUUGAUGUAUUUUAUGACUUACAACAAAACAUUAAAGUCUCUUCAGCUUGUGUUAACCACAGACCUUAUUUCAGACAUCAAACUAAAAACCAAUUCAAAUACCCAUUGACUUCUAGAUGAGGGAACAGGAAGUGCUAAGAUGCUAACUCAUUUCUGGGUUUUAGGACUCAUUCCUGCAGCACUCUAUAGGGGUGUCACGAUUCUCCAAAUCCAACAUUCAAUUUUUGAUUUAAACUUCUUUUCUUUCAGCACUGACAGCUAUGCCAUUGUUAAACUAUCAAGUACUGAUUUAUAAAGAUCAACAGAUCAUUGGUUUUAUGCACUGAUAUUUACCUUUUCAAAUUCUUCUUUAAAAGAUAGGCUACAUGGUAUCAAGCGUAAUAUACAGUAACCACCGUGUUUUUUUUGGAAUGCACCACACGAAGACCACAUGGUCAAAUUUAAAUAAUUUAUCUGAAAUGUCAUAGCAAUGAAUUAUUUCACCAGUCUUUUGGGAACAAACUGAUAAAACACAAAAAGAAGAGCCACUAGAUGUCAGAAGGGAACUCUAAAACAGGUCGAGUCUCCUCACUUGCUAAAAGCCACCUAUUCCUGCCGAACAUAUCCUGCCGUAUUUGUCGUGUUACCUGAGACGACGUAGUUUUUCUGUCAACGAUGCGUUCGUUAUCUACAUAAAUCACGGGUAAGACAAAAUGUCGCCACACCGGUGACUUCAGGGAACCAGGAUUUUCCAGUUCUGUCGUUUCUCCGUCAUCUCCGACUUCGGCAGAGGCCUCGGCGUCUCAAAGUGCAGCUGUGUCGUCUUUGAAGUGUUUUUGAAAAAGAAAGAAAUACUGUGAGAAUCGCCGAUCCUGCUUUUGAUUUCAAAAGCUCACAAGUGGAGAUCAUGACACCCCUACUGUGAAAUCCUUUUGCCUUAAUGAACUACAUAUAUGCAGGAACAUUUUUCACUUUAUCUUACAGUACGGUAUGUGAAGAUGUGACUUAAUGUAUACAUUUCUGUCAAAUCUAUUACACAUGAUUCAAAUCUGUGCAUUGUUAUGCAGCUUUAACUCAGUAUAUUCAGUGCUAUAGUGAGCUAUUUGACCUGUAGAUCCCUUCUUUCAUAGCUUACUCACUCUUGAAACGCUCAGCUGAAAUGUAAAAUGGACAUAAACUCAAAGACCACUUUUCACAUUCCCACCUGAUAGUCAGCUCUCAUGCAGUAUGUGUUUAAUGUUUAACAGAAUAGAAUUUGAGGGAUCACGUUUUUUCAAGUGGAUCUUAAAGGCACAAUGAGUAGGAUUUGAGACGCUGCCCUCUGCCUUCUCUUUUCUUUUCUUUUCAUUUUGCUGUGCUCAGGAUGUGUCUGGUCAUCAACCACUAUUAAAAACGUAUCGACCAGGUGCCGGAUUGUAAGCAGACAGCCAAGAGGGAGCUAAGAAAAUGGUGGACACAACGCCAAAAAAAAGCGAGGCGAAACGCCGAGCAGACAAAGCUUGUUUGAAAACAAGACCGGAUCUGGGGUUGGCUUUCACUUGCUGGUGAGCACCCUAAGGCUGCAUUCACACCAGAUCAGGCGUUGCGGCGAUUUGCCGCGGGGUUGUGUGGUGAUGUGGGAAAGUCACUUUAAUGGACCAUUAACCGCAAUGAUUAACGUAUAUUGUUCAUGGCUGGGUUGUAGAGCUCUGGAUCGCCGGUUACCUCAGCGUUACGUCGGGGUGCGUUCCUCAAAAAGUUGAUUUUGCUUCAACUACUUUCUACUUUUUUUCCGGCACCCCCUGCGGCCACUGCAGCCCAAAUGCGCUACCCCCCAUUCAAAAUGAAUAGGAGGACUUGCGUUUUUCGCCACACUGCGAGAUCUGGUGUGAAUGCAGCCUAACCAUCCAACUUUGAAUUUUGUGUUUACAAACAGCAACCGACAACCUCUACUCAUUGUGCCUUUAAAGGAUCAGUUCACAAUGUUACAAGUCUGAACUCUAAAAUAGGUUUUGCUUGCUGUUCAUAUUGGACACUAAAAGAUCCUUUUAAAAAAUUGUGAACCUAUCCUUUAAUUCAAUACUCACAUGCACAUAUGUAUAUUGAAGGAGUUCUUGUUUGCUGUAAUGUGAGAUCUCUUCCUAACAUGAUUAUAAUGUAAGACAUGGUGGCUCUGUGCAAAAACACUUUUAAAAGUUUAACCAUCUGAGGCUUCAGCAGUAUGAAUUAGUCAUAGCAAGCUGGUUACCGUCUUUUUAGUAUGAAAUUCCCUCUUUGUGUUUCCUUGCUGAGCCACAGGGACAGUGUUUUUCACUAAAAUCUCUGUAAUUUUGGAAGUGAUUCACUAACUCAGUCUCACAGAAAGAGGACUGUGUGGUCCUCCAUAUCUUACAUUGGAACAUCAUUAUUAGGGGAUCCCUUUAUGUCCGGUAUACACAGAAAGAAUGAUUAGAGCAUCCCAUAACUCUCUUAAUGCACAUGUGGGCAAUGUUGUUUUAAGACAGGCUUGAAAGAAUGUGAACUUAUCCUUCAACUU